AUGCGACGCUAUCUGGAGAAGAUCCCCAUGAUGAGCGAACUGGAACGCGACAGUUUUGAAAAAGUGGUGGACUCCUUAGAGACCUUCGACCUCAUGCAGGGCGACGAGGUCAACACCGCAGGCACCCCGGCCCUGGCUGCCUGGAUCCUGGUCUGGGGCCGGCUACGCAUCACCAAGCGGAUCGUCAUGCCGCAGCUUGACUCCACGGGCCAAACGAGGAGGACCUUUGAUGACCUGGACAAUGUAGACGUGGCUCCAGUCAUUGUGGAUGAGCAUUGCUUAGACCAGGAAGACAUGGUGGUCUCGAAGUGCCUUGGGCAGGCGGUGGCGCGCUGGUACACGGCAGUGGCGGCUGAGAGCUCGGAAUUGCUGCGGGUCGACAAGGAGAAGUUCUUUAAGUGCAUCACCGAAACACGAAGGAUGAGCAUUGGGGUUCGUGGCACUGCCAUGUAUCACGUGAAGAAGACCACCUCACAGACGUCCGACGAGCGCAUCGCGAGCACCGACCGCAGGAGGAGCUGUUGGGAGACGAAACAGCCGCUCUUGAGUGAAGACAUUUGGCCAUAUUUGGCCUAUUUCGGAUUCGCGCCCGUGGCCUGUCCAGCCGUUUCUGAACUGGGCGCCACUGGUGGCGCCUCCCACACGGCCUCCCACGCGAAGAACCUUCGGCAGCCUGUGGUUGCGGCGAGAUCUCGGCUUUCGGGAGCCAAAGUGGGCGUUGAAGCUGUGGCCUGGGAGAUGGCUGGUGGAGCAGUUGCCGAUGACAGCCAUGGGUUUCUGGACGACAUGGACCGGAGAGGUUGGUACCCUGAUCCAGCGACCUCCUUCCUUUGUGGUCCAAAGCGCACGUGGAGCUCCUUCACAGGCGACCUUGGCUCCGCUCAGGCGAUGCCUGGUUAUGGGCAACAGGGAAAUAUCCAGCAGGGCUACCAGGACUUGGACAGCCGAGAAGAGGAGGCCGCUGAGGAGAUGGAGGAGAAGUCGGAGCACCUCACGCAUAUGGUUUGUGGCAUUUCGUCUGGUGCAGAUGGUGGCAGCCAAGUCACUUGUGGUGUCCCCAUGUACCGCGACAAGGCCACUGGAGCACCGUACAUCAUGCCUCUGUACACUGAGCCCAUGAGACCGAAAGGAGCUGCAGGAUCCUCCGGUGCCCCAGGCAGUGUGACAUUUAGCAGCCCGCAAGCGGAGGCAGAAGCUGCGCGAGCACAGAUGCUCGAGGCCUCCUCGUCCGCGCGCAUCCGCUCCGAUGCGUUGAACUUGUUGAGGGGCUUCCUGGACAGCGCGCCACCAGCGACUCCUCCCAGCCCGGCAUCGGGCUUCUUCUUCAAAGGCCCAGGCGCGCCGUCCAAAGUCUUCUAUCCCAUCCCGAGCAAGACAUCGCCCACGGGAAUUGAGGUGGUCCCUGAUGUGGGCCCCUUGGGUGAACCAACACCGGGAUUGGUGCAGGGGAACAUGAACAACCCUGGCGUAUCUCGGCAUGGAGUUUCUGACAUUCUGAUGCAUUGAAAGCAAGGACCUGCUGUUUUUAGGAAACAACAAAGGCAACUCAGGGCCUCUAGCCAGAUGCCGAAAGGGAUCUUUGUCACGUUUGCACAGAAAAACGGGUCCCAUGACGAUCUUCUUUUGUCAGCAAGUCACUGGAGAUCUCCUACUACCGGGCUUUCUGAAGAUGUUCAGACAUUCAAUCCGUUGAAGGUGCAACUUGUUGAAUGCCAAUAUUCAGAGAGCAUCUAUGGCAUUAAUGUCAAACUACUUAAUCUAAGACCAAGUGCCGUUGGGAGAUUUUGAGCUUUCAUCGAUUUUUCAGCAUUUUGCAGAGCAUUCGGCCCGGUUCCGGGCUCUGUUUUGUGUCUGUGCGUCGUUCCCGAACAGGUGGCGAACGGAGUGUGAUCUUCU